CAUUGUGUGUUUUCUCAAGAUGGCGGCGGCUUAUCGUGAACAACGUGGGUCAAGAACCAAAGUGCAAAAUGAUGAUGUUGAAGAAGAUUUAACCAAAGUUGAAUACGAGACAUCGGAAGGAGUUGAAGUUAUUCCCACUUUUGAUAGUAUAGGCCUUCGAGAGGAUCUUUUACGUGGAAUAUACGCUUAUGGCUUUGAAAAACCAUCAGCUAUUCAACAAAGAGCCAUAAAGCCAAUUCUCAAAGGGCGCGAUGUGAUUGCACAAUCACAGUCAGGAACAGGAAAGACAGCAACUUUCUCUAUAGCUUCCCUUCAAUGUCUUGAUACACAGAGCAGAGAACCACAAGUUCUUGUGUUGUCACCAACUAGGGAACUGGCAAAUCAGAUUCAGAAAGUAUGUCUAGCACUUGGUGACUACAUGAAUGUUCAGUGUCAUGCUUGUAUUGGAGGUACAAAUGUUGGUGAAGAUAUCAGGAAACUAGAUUAUGGACAGCAUAUUGUUUCUGGAACUCCAGGACGAGUCUUUGACAUGAUUCAGCGUAGAAAUUUACGGACACGAAACAUAAAAAUGUUUAUCUUGGAUGAAGCUGAUGAAAUGCUCAACAAAGGUUUCAAAGAACAGAUCUAUGAUGUUUAUAGACAUCUACCACCAGCAACACAGGUCAUUCUCAUAAGUGCUACAUUACCCCAUGAAAUCCUUGAAAUGACAUCACGAUUCAUGACUGAUCCAAUUCGCAUCUUGGUAAAACGUGAUGAACUGACACUGGAGGGAAUUAAACAAUUUUUUGUUGCUGUGGAACGUGAAGAAUGGAAGUUUGAUACGUUGUGUGAUUUAUAUGAUACACUUACCAUUACCCAAGCUGUGAUAUUCUGUAACACAAAGCGAAAGGUUGAUUGGUUAACAGAGAAAAUGCGUGAAGCAAACUUCACUGUGUCUGCAAUGCAUGGAGACAUGCCACAAAAAGAAAGAGAGGCUAUCAUGAAAGAGUUCCGCAGUGGUCAGAGUAGGGUAUUGAUAUCCACAGAUGUAUGGGCUCGAGGAUUAGAUGUAGCUCAAGUAUCCCUCGUUAUCAACUAUGAUCUUCCCAACAAUCGUGAAUUAUACAUUCACAGAAUUGGUCGUUCUGGUCGAUUUGGUCGUAAAGGCGUCGCCAUUAACUUUGUUAAGUCAGAUGAUAUAAGAAUCCUUCGAGACAUUGAGCAGUAUUACAGUACACAAAUUGAUGAAAUGCCUAUGAAUGUGGCUGAUUUGAUCUAAAGAUUGGCGCAAAGACAAAAAAUGUGGUCCACAUUAUCAAAAGAUGUGUCUUAAAGAGCAUUAUUUUAGCUGUCAACCUACUUUCUAAUGUAUAGACAUGGUUUGAUUUGUACAAAAAACAUUUGAUCUUUUGUAUGCAUGUUUAAAUAUAAAUUUACCAUAAAA